AUGCCGCAUUCAGUCACUCCCGGGUCUUCACAGGGCGAGGACGUCGAUCUCCCGGAUGCUCCGGCGACCAAUGAGCAGACUUCAGGCUUGGAAGAUGACAAGAAGGCGUUGGAAGAGAUGAUGGAUGCGGAGGAUUCGGACGAAGAAUUCUCGUCGUCAGCAGCACCGCAGGAGACAGUCAACCCUGCGUCCGCCGGCUACUCGGACCCGGAAAUUAUGCGCGCUUUCUACCAGCGCUUGUUUCCAUUCAGACACCUCUUUCAAUGGUUGAACCAUUCGCCUUCUCCGUCGACAGACUUCGCCCACCGCGAGUUCGCGUUCACGUUGCCAAACGAUGCAUACCUCAGAUACCAAUCAUUCCCGAGCGCAGAUCUGUUUCGGAAGCAAUGCGUGCAGAUGCUCCCAUCACGUUUCGAAAUCGGACCGGUGUACUCCCACAAUCCGCGAGAACGCAAGUCCCUACGCAAGGCGACUGCCUUCAAGCCUAUUUCCAAAGAGCUCGUCUUCGAUAUUGAUAUGACGGAUUACGACGAGAUCAGAACGUGCUGCACGGGUGCCAACAUCUGCCAUCGGUGCUGGUCAUUCAUCACUAUGGCGAUCAAAGUGGUGGAUGUCGCGCUCAGGGAAGACUUUGGAUUCAAACACGUUCUCUGGGUGUAUUCCGGACGUCGUGGCGCUCACGCUUGGGUGUGCGACAAGCGCGCGAGGGACAUGGAUGACCAGAAGAGGAGAGCGAUCGCGGGCUACCUGGAGCUGCUGAAGGGGGGCGACCAAGGCGGAAAGAAGGUGAACGCGAAGAGACCGCUACAUCCCCAUCUCGAGCGAAGUCUCAGGAUCCUGCGGGCGCAUUUCCAGACGAACAUUCUCCUAGAGCAAGACCCUUGGGCGUCGCCCGAGAAGUCGGCCCGCCUUCUUUCACUCAUCCCUGACAAGCAGCUCGCGGCCGCCCUGCAGAAGAAAUGGGACUCGGCACCAUCACGGCCUUCGUCUCAGAAGUGGGCUGACAUAGACGCGCUCGCUGCUUCUGGCGCAUCGAGCACGCUCGACCCGAAAGCGCUGAAAGAAGCCAAACAAGAUAUCCUGCUCGAGUACACGUAUCCACGGCUCGACGCGGAGGUGUCCAAGAAGUUGAACCAUUUGCUGAAAUCACCGUUUGUCAUUCAUCCCGGCACAGGCCGGGUCUGCGUGCCCAUCGACACUCGGGUCGUCGAGGAAUUCGAUCCACUCGGAGUGCCCACCGUCACGCAGCUAUUGAGCGAGAUCGACGAGUGGAGCCGGGCGAACGCAGGCGCAAUGGAAACGGACGACGCGGCCAAGAAGAUGCCGGAUUGGGAAAAGACGAGGCUGCGACCUUACGUCGAGUUCUUCCGGGGGUUCGUCACCGGGCUGAUCAAGGACGAGACGGCCGGCAAGAGAGGACGGGAGGAGGCGGACGGCAUGGACUUCUGA